AUGGAUGGCUUCGACGAGAUCCACUCCAAGUACACUGACAAGGUGAUUGAGAUGCUGGAACAACUCAAGUUGAAAAAGAGCAUUCGAAUCAUCAUCAGCGCCAGAAAACAUAUGCAAGUAUUAUUAGAGACAUCAAAUGGUCAUAAGGACGUUGCAGAACUCUUGAUAUCAAACAAUGCUGACGUGAAUGCAGUGGAUGAAGAUCAAUGGACUGCUAUUCAUUAUGCAGCUGAAAAUGGACACGAUCAGUUGAUCCAACUGUUGAUUGACAGAGGAUCCACUGUUAACACUUGUUACCACGGCAAAGUAUUCCAAAAACAAGUUGCAGUCACCUUUUUUCUACGGAUGCGGAGAGACAGUUUCAAUGUCAGAUUGGCAUAUGAAGUGUCACAAGCCGACAAGUACGAUGACGUAGUGAUCAUUGACGAUGAACGUGAGGUUUUACACUUCAUCCAGGUGAAGCACGCCGUUACCAAAGAUGGCAAGGUAAAUGUUAUCGAUUUAAAUGCACUAUUUCCGACCGAGGGAAAAGAUCAACACAACGGAGACUUCAGUAUUUACAAGUACCUUGAAUCCUAUUUGAAAGUUGUUGAAAACUUUAAGAAAGACCAAUACAAAAAGCAGUUCUAUAUAUUUACUAAUAAGGAUUUAAACAUCUCCGAUGUUGAUUGGGUGACACCUAUUGAGGUAGAAGUAGAUGAAAUCCUACGAUUUCCUGGAUCCAAGGCCCGACACCUGAAACUGGAUCCAACCGAAAAAGCUAUUAAGGAGUUGAGCAAUUUUAUCAACAAAGAUUUCGAAAAUCUUAAAAAGGCAAUCAAAGAGCUUUUCAACAAUGGAACCGUCAGUAACAUUUUAGAAACCUAUAGUACUCCUCUGAAAGACGUUUUAACAAUAAAAAAGAAGCAAUGCAGUUUUUUAGAUAGCUUCAACUCGGAAAGCGAACAAAUCAAUGUUGCCAAGUUGUUUAAAGUUCUGGAAAAAGAUAACCUUGAUAUGAAGAAGACAAUAACAGUGAAUAACUUUUUACUAAGAAACUCAAGGGUGAAACAUUUGCCACGUUAUUUUAGUGAGGAGGAAAUUGUGGCAUUCUUCAACGACUUUUAUCUAUUGGUGAGUCAACCAAAUGAUUUGUAUCCAAUUAUUGAAAGCGAGCUGUGGACGUGGUGUAAAUCGUGGAUCUGUCCAGAAAUUCUCAGAAAAUUGAGAGAAAUCGAUCUGAUAUUUAGAGAUCUGAUAUUAAAAUUUGACCAACUCAAUAAACCUAAAAAGAAUAAAAUGAAGGCAAUGUUGAAAAAAAGUGAUGUACUAAACUGUCUUAGUGAAAUUCAGAAUGAUAACGAUAAACUUGAAGGUAAGGAAGCAAAACAAUUGCAAAAAUAUUACAUCAAUCGCCGUAUUAUAUACAAAUAUAGUAAACCGACCAAUGACGAAAAUGUCAUUGAAGUUGAGAAAACAGGUAUGGAAGAGGCGGAGAUGAACCAGCGUCUGGCUGAAAAUCUCCUUAAUAAAGACAACCAACCAGGUAUGGAAGACAAAAUUGAAGAACUUUCACGACAGAUGAGUGACACUCAGUUUGUUGAAGAGCUUGGGCAAACAUUUGAAGACCAUCAGAUCAUCGUACUUCUGGCAGACCCCGGAAUGGGGAAGACUAGCUUGCUUCAGUUUGUAGCCUUUGAAGUGCAGAAGCAAAAUGUCGUUAAUGUACUGUUAGUGUAUUUAAGCGAGUUGGUGAUGGAGCUCGAAAAAGUAGAACACAGUUCAGAUUUGCAGGUGCAUAAUGUGCUCAAAGUGAUCCUUUCAGAGCGAAAUUGCGAUCUCAUUAAAAAUGCCCCACAUGAAAGGGAUGACAGAGACUAUUCCAUUCUUAUAGUGAUGGAUGGCUUCGACGAGAUCCACUCCAAGUACACUGACAAGGUGAUUGAGAUGCUGGAACAACUCAAGUUGAAAAAGAGCAUUCGAAUCAUCAUCAGCGCCAGAAAACACAUGCAAGUAUUAUUAGAGAGUAAAUUUAAUGUAAGAUCUAUGUUUUUGGAGCCGUUUAAUGUGGAAGAUCAAAUCAACUAUUUCAGAAAGAUGUGGCACGAACCAGAUCUAGAUGAACAUUGCUUUGAAAGCUACUCGAAACAUAUUUUAAACACAUUUAAAUCAAAUAUCCCUUCAAAUUUAGGCGAAAUUUGUGGUGCGCCACUCAUGGUAAAAAUGCUGGCGGAGGUUUAUUUAGAAAAAUUUAGAAAUUACCAUUCAUUGAAGAAACAGAAUACCAAUCAGCUCGUUGAUCUGACUAAAGAAAAAAUGAAUAUUGCACAGCUAUACGAACAGUUUAUAAGAAGAUGUUUUCACAAGAAAUUUAUGGAAAAAUUUAAGCCCAAAUUUGCUUUGAGCGACGCUGCAUUGGAUUGGUUGAUGGGUGAUUUUAUUUUGAAGCAUCAGUUGUUAGCUAUGGAACUGCUAAAUAUUGAAGUACGUAUGGACUUAUUAAAAAAUCAAUAUUAUAAAGUAAUACACGAUCAAUUUAAAAAACGAUGCGAACAGGAAUCAGAUUCAUCACAACUGGUUCAUGUAGUCCAGCAGAAGGUUGAUUUUUGCCAUCGGUCUUACAGUGAAUACUUUGUGGCAAAAUAUCUAUGCGACAACAUUUUUACGUUGUCAGGAAAAAUUGUCAGACGCAUUUGGUCUAGAUAUACUGUUGUUCGAAGAUUGUCUAUGACCAAGAUGGAAGGAAACCAGGCAUAUCUCAAUAUCUUAAAUAAUCUGUGUAAAAAAAACUGGAAGAUUGCACUGUGGGCAUGUGAGUGUGACUGUUUGAGUAUCAUUUCCUCUUUAGAAGGACAUUUUAAAUCAUUCUCAACAAGCAACCUAACGGAUAUGAUACUGGUUGCUAAGGAAAGUGGGUUUGUUGAAAUAUAUGAAUUAUUAUCAAAGAAUAAAGCUGGCGUGAAUGCAGCGGAUGAAAAACAAUUAAAAAUGCCGAACCUAUUACAAGACGGAACAUAUGAAAGAAAAAUCCAAUCAGGCUACCAUGGCGAAGUAUAUCAAAAACAAGUUGCAGUCACCUUUUUUCUACGGAUGCGGAGAGACAGUUUCAAUGUCAGAUUGGCAUAUGAAAUGUCACAAGCCGACAAGUAUGAUGACGUAGUGAUCAUUGACGAUGAACGUGAGGUUUUACACUUCAUCCAGGUAAAGCACGCCGUUACCAAAGAUGGCAAGGUAAAUGUUAUCGAUUUAAAUGCACUAUUUCCGACCGAGGAAAAAGAUCAACACAACGGAGACUUCAGUAUUUACAAGUACCUGGAAUCCUAUUUGAAAGUUGUUGAAAACUUUAAGAAAGACCAAUACAAAAAGCAGUUCUAUAUAUUUACUAAUAAGGAUUUAAACAUCUCCGAUGUUGAUUGGGUGAGGACUGUUGAGGUAGAAGUAGAUGAAAUCCUACGAUUUCCUGGAUCCAAGGCCCGACACCUGAAACUGGAUCCAACCGAAAAAGCUAUUAAGGAGUUGAGCAAUUUUAUCAACAAAGAUUUCGAAAACCUUAAAAAGGCAAUCAAAGAGCUUUUCAACAAUGGAACCGUCAGUAACAUUUUAGAAACCUAUAGUACUCCUCUGAAAGACGUUUUAACAAUAAAAAAGAAGCAAUGCAGUUUUUUAGAUAGCUUCAACUCGGAAAGCGAACAAUUCAAUGUUGCCAAGUUGUUUAAAGUUCUGGAAAAAGAUAAGCUUGAUAUGAAGAAGACAAUAACAGUGAAUAACUUUUUACUAAGAAACUCAAGGGUGAAACAUUUGCCACGUUAUUUUAGUGAGGAGGAAAUUGUGGCAUUCUUCAACAACUUUUCACUAUUGGUGAGUCAACCAAAUGAUUUGUAUCCAAUUAUUGAAAGCGAGCUGUGGACGUGGUGUAAAUCGUGGAUCUGUCCAGAAAUUCUCAGAAAAUUGAGAGAAAUCGAUCUGAUAUUUAGAGAUCUGAUAUUAAAAUUUGACCAACUCAAUAAACCUAAAAAGAAUAAAAUGAAGUCAAUGUUGAAAAAAAGUGAUGUACUAAACUGUCUUAGUGAAAUUCAGAAUGAUAACGAUAAACUUGAAGGUAAGGAAGCAAAACAAUUGCAAAAAUAUUACAUCAAUCGCCGUAUUAUAUACAAAUAUAGUAAACCGACCAAUGACGAAAAUGUCAUUGAAGUUGAGAAAACAGGUAUGGAAGAGGCCGAGAUGAACCAGCGUCUGGCUGAAAAUCUCCUUAAUAAAGACAACCAACCAGGUAUGGAAGACAACAUUGAAGAACUUUCACGACAGAUGAGUGACACUCAGUUUGUUGAAGAGCUUGGGGAAACAUUUGAAGACCAUCAGAUCAUCGUACUCCUGGCAGACCCCGGAAUGGGGAAGACUAGCUUGCUUCAGUUUGUAGCCUUUGAAGUGCAGAAGCAAAAUGUCGUUAAUGUACUGUUAGUGUAUUUAAGCGAGUUGGUGAUGGAGCUCGAAAAAGUAAAACACAUUUCAGAGUUGAAGGUGCUUAAUGUGCUCAAAGUGAUCCUUUCAGAGCGAAAUUGCGAUCUCAUUGAAAAUUCCCCACAUGAAAGGGAUGACAGAGGCUAUUCUAUUCUUAUAUUGAUGGAUGGCUUCGACGAGAUCCACUCCAAGUACACUGACAAGGUGAUUGAGAUGCUGGAACAACUCAAGUUGAAAAAGAGCAUUCGAAUCAUCAUCAGCGCCAGAAAACACAUGCAAGUAUUAUUAGAGAGUAAAUUUAAUGUAAGAUCUAUGUUUCUGGAGCCGUUCAUUGUGGAAGACCAAAUCAACUAUUUCAGAAAGAUGUGGCACGAACCAGAUCUAGAUGAACGUUGCUUUGAAAGCUACUCGAAACAUAUUUUAAACACAUUUAAAUCAAAUAUCCCUUCAAAUUUAGGCGAAAUUUGUGGUGCGCCACUCAUGGUAAAAAUGCUGGCGGAGGUUUAUUUAGAAAAAUUUAGAAAUUACCAUUCAUUGAUUAAACAGAAUACAAAUCAGCUCAUUGAUCUGACUAAAGAAAAAAUGAAUAUUGCACAGCUUUACGAACAGUUUAUAAGAAGAUGUUUUCACAAGAAAUUUAUGGAAAAAUUUAAGCCCAAAUUUGAUCUGAGCGACGCUGAAUUGGAUUGGUUGAUGGGUGAUUUUAUUUUGAAGCAUCAGUUAUUAGCUAUGGAGCUGCUAAACAUUGAAGUACGAAGGGAAUUGUUUAAAAAUCAAUAUUAUAGAGACAUACACGAUCAAUUUAAAAACCGAUGCGAACAGGAAUCAGAUUCAUCACAACUGGUUCAUGUAGUCCAGCAGAAGGUUGAUUUUUGCCAUCGGUCUUACAGUGAAUACUUUGUGGCAAAAUAUCUAUGCGACAACAUUUUUACAUUGUCAGGAGAAAUUGUCAUACGCAUUUUGUCUAGAUAUAUUGUUGUUCGAAGAUUGUCUAUGACCAAGAUGGAAGGAAACCAGGCAUAUAUCAAGAUCUUAAAUAAUCUGUGUGAAAAAAGCUGGAAGAUUGCACUGUGGGCAUGUGAGUGUGACUGUUUGAGUAUUAUUUCCUCUUUAGAACGACAUUUUAAAUCAUUCUCAACAAGCAACCUAACGGAUAUGAUACUGGUUUCUGCGAAACGUGGGUUUGUUGAAACAUGUGAAUUAUUAUUAAAAAAUAAAGCUGACGUGAACUCAGUGGAUAAAGAACAAAAGACUGCUCUUUAUUAUGCAGCUCAAAAUGGACACGACCAGUUGAUCAAACUGUUGAUUGACAAAGGAUCCACUGUUAACACUUGUUCAAGUACCGGUGUAACUCCACUUCAUAUCGCAGCAUCAAAUGGUCAUAAGAACGUUGCAGAACUCUUGAUAUCAAACAAUGCUGACGUGAAUGCAGUGGGUAAAAAUCAAUGGACAGCUAUUCAUUAUGCAGCUCAAAAUGGACAUGAUCAGUUGAUCCAACUGUUGAUUGACAGAGGAUCCACUGUUAACAUUUGUUCAAUUACCGGUAGAACUCCGCUUCAUAACGCAGCAUCAAAUGGUCAUAAGAAC